AUGGCCUGUUGCUCCACCAGCUUCUGUGGGUUUCCCACUUGCUCCACUGGUGGGACCUGUGGCUCCAGCCCCUGCCAGCCAACCUGCUGCCAGACCAGCUGCUGCCAGCCAACUUCCAUCCAGACCAGCUGCUGCCAGCCAAUCUCCAUCCAGACCAGCUGCUGCCAGCCAAUCUCCAUCCAGACCAGUGGCUGUGAGUCCGGCUAUGGCAUUGGUGGCAGCAUUGGCUAUGGCCAGGUGGGCAGCAGUGGGGCUGUGAGCAGCCGCACCAGAUGGUGCCGCCCUGACUGCCGCGUGGAGGGCACCAGCCUGCCUCCCUGCUGUGUGGUGAGCUGCACAUCCCCAUCCUGCUGCCAGCUGCACUAUGCCCAGGCCUCCUGCUGCCGCCCAUCCUACUGUGGGCAGUCCUGCUGCCGCCCAGCCUGCUGCUGCCAGCCCACCUGCACUGAGCCCAUCUGCGAGCCCACCUGCUGUGAGCCCACCUGCUAA